CGCCAGUGCGCCGUCGACCGUCGAAGGUUGCUGGUCUCCGCUCCGGUAUUGCCUUCAGCUUGUCGUCACCGAUCGCGGAAAUCCGCCCGGGUUUCGGUGUGAACGAGGAAGUGACUGGGAUCAUCGCGCUGAUCCUUGCUCGCGAUCGAUGAGGUGUUCUUUUGUGCGGACACAGCGGUUGGCUUCUGUCUGAGACUGCGAUCCGGUAGUAGUCAGGGUGCUUUAAUCCCGUAGUAGAAACCCUUCCUAGAUGUACCUUCCUAUUUUUACAGUGGGGAAAUCUGUGUGUCGAUUGGCGAAAGAUAAUCCGAUCGGUUCUUCAAAGGGGAUGUCGUUUCAACCGAUGAUUCGCCUGCAAUUGCUUUUUAUUUCUCUACUUCUCUAAAAAUUGCAAAGAGCGUGGGAGUAGGCGAGAAGUAGGUGUCUAGUAGAAUCAAGAAUUUUGUCGGUUUUCCUUCCUAUUUAAUUUGCAUUCAAAGAGCCAAACUGACUCAUCAUCAAAGCUACCGAAUCGAGAAGAAUUGUGAAUCGAUUGAUGCUCGUCCUGGAUGAUUUUGUGUGAUUGCUGCUCGUUUCUCGACGUUUUAAAGGUCGCCCAGGUGUUCGAGCAUUUUUGGAGUUUGUGAUCAAGAUGCGCAAGACGGUUUUCAACGUGACAUACGACAAUGCGGUUUCGUUUUUCGUGCCGACCGCUAAGCAGUGAUUAAUGAACUGAAUCCAUUGAAUUCAAGCCGAUUGACGGAAAAUCGGCUAAUAGUGAGAAUUGAGACUGCAGAAAGGAGGAAAGAAAAAGUGAUAACGAGAGAAAAAAAGAAAAAAAAAGAAGUGAUUUUAUUCCUGUUUGAGUGCAGACCAUUCGAGACGAAAACUCGAGGACCAUGACGGAGGGCGAACCCAACGUGAGUGUAAGUGUCCACACCGUAUCAACUCAUCAAAAUAAUACAUCUUGGGAUCUCAUGACGAAGAACAAACAGCGGUAUCGAUGGCGUUUGCUGAUCUGCGGCAUCGUCAUCAUAGUCGUGCUUGCCCUGGUGAUCGCCGCGGCGAUCCUCUUGACCGGUAGCCCGAAUUCGACUACGUCGAGGACGAAUGGCGCACCCGGCAUAUCCCUGGAGGAAUGGCUCUCCGGUUCGUUGUCCCCCAAAAGCUUCAAUGGCACGUGGAUCAGCGGAGAUGAGAUCCUCUACCGGGACGAGAUAGGUAAUUUGCUGAUCUACAAUGUCAGUUCGGACACAUCCAAGACCUUGUUGGACUCCAACAAUCCCGCUCUGUUGUCGAGCUUCGAUCACCAAUUAUCCGCCGAUAAGAAGUAUCUAUUGCUUGCCCUCAACUAUCAAAAGCUGUACCGUCAUACGUACCUGGCCCAUUACAGGAUUGUGAAUCUGGAAACACUGGCGGAGACGAUAUUGGCAGCCAACGAAUCUACGCCGUUGCAGCUCGCUACCUGGGGACCACGUGGCAAUGCCCUGAUCUACGUGUAUCAGAAUAAUAUCUACUACAGACCGGAGGCAGAAAAGGCCGAUGAUUAUCAGAUAACCAACACGGGAGUGUUCGGCACCAUCUACAACGGAGUACCAGAUUGGGUGUACGAGGAGGAAGUAUUCAGCUCGAAUAAAGCGCUUUGGUUUUCUCCGAACGGCAACAAAUUAGCCUUUGGCUAUUUCGAUGACUCGAAUACUCCUAUUAUGACCAUACCGUUUUACGGAUAUCCCGGAAGCUUAACUUUCCAAUACACCUCGUCGAUACCAAUCCACUAUCCUAAAAGUGGCACGACGAAUCCAACGAUCAAAUUAUAUUGCGUCGAUCUCCUGAUGGUGGUGCAGGGUAACGUGACCUUGGUGGAGAUCGAACAUCCGCCAGAGCUAUCUACCACCGAGAGGAUUCUGUCGGCGGUGGACUUUCCUACGGACAAUCUCGUGUAUGCGACUUGGAUGAACCGCGUCCAGAACAGGGCGUACUUCCAGCUCUGCGACGUCGACAGCCUGCAACCAAAUUGCACGAUAGCGCUUUCGCACAGCGAAAAAAAUGGCUGGGUGGAACAGUUCGAGGCACCCAGGUUCAACGAGGACGGUACGUCCUUCCUUCUGAUUUUACCGCAGAAACAGAAGAACGGCAGCAAUUGGCGACACAUUGUGCUCGUUACGAAUGCAACUAGCGGCAACCCGACCACCACCGCUCUUACAUCUGGCUAUUUUGUCGUGACGGAAAUAAUAUCGUGGGAUCAGGAGGACUCGUAUCUAUAUUACUUGGCAACUUCGAAAGACGAUUCGGCGGUUCAGCAUUUAUAUAGAGUGUCGUUGUUAGAUGCGGACCACAAGUCAGUGUGUUUGACUUGUAACAUUGUCAGAGAGGAGGACGGCAGUCGCUGUUUGUACAACAGUGCUGUAUUCUCCACUGACAAUUCGCAUUACGUGCUCACUUGUGCUGGCCCUGGAGUGCCCGACAUAACCAUCUACAAUAAGAAUUCCACGUUGCUCUUCGUGUGGGAGGAUAAUUACGUGGUAACUGAGAUAAUAGUGGAGAGAUCGCAGCCGAUCGUCCAGAAAUACAAAAUCCCAGUUGAUGGUGGCUUUAAUGCCCAGGUGAGGCUCCUGAUCCCACCUGGUGCUGAUUUGAGCGGUGCUACCAAGUAUCCCAUGCUGGUUUAUGUGUACGGUGGACCGGACUCGUAUCAGGUGACGGAGAAGUUUAACAUGGACUGGGGCAUGUAUCUUGUGACAAACAAAAGCAUUAUAUAUGCUGCCAUCGACGGCCGCGGCUCUGGAUUAAUGGGCAACGACAUGCUGUUCGCCGGAUACCGGCAGCUCGGUACCGUCGAAAUUUUCGACCAGAUUAACGUUACCAGACAUCUGCAGGACAAAUUAUCCUUCAUCGACCGUACAAGAACGGCGAUAUGGGGUUGGAGUUAUGGUGGAUACGCGACCGGCAUGACACUCGCCAUGGAUUUAAAGGGUGUCUUCAAGUGUGGAAUGUCCGUCGCGCCCGUUACGGAUUGGGCCCUUUAUGAUUCGAUUUAUACCGAGCGGUUUAUGGGUUUGCCAACCGUUCCUGAUAAUCUACAGGGUUACGAGCAAGGCCAGUUACUCAACAAAGUUGAAAAUAUUAAAAAUAAGAUGUACUAUUUAAUUCAUGGGACUCUAGACGACAAUGUGCACUACCAACAAUCGCUUAUGCUUGCAAAAGUGUUGGAACAGAAAGAUAUCCUCUUCAGACAACAGACUUAUACAGACGAGGACCACGGUAUCGUCCAAUCGCGAGCGCAUCUGUAUCACUCGCUAGAAAACUUUCUCGACGAAUGCUUUCAAACAUCAUCAUGAUCGGAGCAUGGAAUAGUGAUGACAAUCUAGACGCUGUACACCACCUGCCUCACAUUUACCAAUUUGUAAAUAAUCUAUCGUAUGUACAGAGUUUAUGUACAAUAUGUAACAUGAGCGUUUUUAGAAAAUGUACAUAGCGAUGAAAUUACAAGGGGGAGUGGAAAGAUGAGAGAGAAAGAGAGAAAAAGAGAGCGAAAAAAAAAGAGAUAGAAUAAUUUGACUUAAUCAGAAUCAAGAAAAAAAAACUACGCAGGGCAGGUCUGUGAGAAACAUGUUUGAUACGUUUUUUAAGAUACCCGGUUAAACGGUGCAUCGAAGGCCUAAUCACGGCGCGGGCCCCGUCGCCUAACUAUUCACAUCCCACAAAGUAUUAUUAUAUCGUAUCGUUGCAAUUCGUACUUACAUUCGCGACUUGUUUUAUCUUAGCAUUCUUUGAAUGUUGUAUUAAUGCAUGAACUAUUGUUUUCCGGAUGAUCAAAUGAACAUCGAUUAUUGACACGACUAAUUAUAAGUUCAUAGUUUCGUGAUUCGAUACUGACAAAAUUCCAUUUAAUAACAUCUGUCAAUAUUAUUUAAUUGUAUCGAUUUGAUAAAAGAUUUUGUAUCUUCAAAUUAAAAAUUGCAUUUUUAAAAACUAGUUGAAUUAAAUAUAUACACAUUUGAUCAUCUGGAAUAUCGUGUUUCUUAUUUGAAUUCGUUCAAUUCUUUUACUAUAACCGCAGUCUCUUUUCUUCUUUGGUACAACAUUAAAUUAAAUUACUACAAUUAAAAUAUUUACAUAUAUGAGUUCAGCUAUUACAUCUUAAGACGAGGCUAACAUUUUUGAAAAAUCUAAUUUUAUGAAUCAGAUUUGAUAUCGCAUUUGAAGUAAAAUAGAAACAAACAUUAUUUUCAAGAACCAAUAGUUUCGUAUGAUAUAGAAUUUAAUAGAA